AUGGAUCCCGCUUCCCUCGCAUUCGGCGUCGUCUCCCUGGCGAUGCAGCUGAUGCAAACGACGACCGCCAUCAAGAAGCUGAUUGCCGAUUACAAGUCUGCCGCCAAAGACCUUGCAGUCCUCUCGGAUAAGCUCGACGACAUUGAGGCAGUCUGCCACUCGCUCGAAGUUGUCCUAGCCAACUUUGAUGAAAUCCGAAACCCAUGGGAGGCCACGCUUUUGAACAAGUUGUACAAAGCUAUUGGAGACUGCCGCGACAAAGUAUCUCUUGCGUACGAUGCUGUUCGCAAAGUCACGGCCCGUCACAAGAAUGGGCGCGCCUCUUUGGCCACAGUUGGCAGCUUAUUUCUGCAACACAGAGCCCAGAUCCGGCAGUGUAGUGAUGAUCUGGAUCGAUCUCUGUCUUCACUUCAACUACACAUGACUACUAAUAUCCUCUGGGAGAAUGCCGACGACGAGACAACUUUCUACGGGUAUGCUAUCUUGUACAAUGCCAAUGAUGUCUGCCGAUUUCUCGUUGAACAUCUACCAGAUUCGCUUCAAAGGACUUCGAGUCACAUAUCGCCGGCACCUCCGCUCGUUUCUGCUGGUGUUUACUAUGGACUGAAACAACUGGCCUUUGACUACGUUGAUUUGAGAGGCGAUGCACUUACCCCCGGCGAGUUUUCAACCAUGCUCAUUGCCAUCUCCUCGCCAGCCCGCGAUGUCAAGACUUAUGUUGAUUAUUGCAAACAACGCCUUUCGGACAGGUGGAAGCCCUUCAACUUGUGUCUUUACUCAUAUCUUGUGAGUACGUUUGAACUGUGGCACAAUUCGCAGCGGUAUAACAUUCUGGACGACUGGGCUCCCAUCCUUAUUGACGUGUUGUCGAAUGGUGUCGACAUCCAUACGAAAACCUGGCUGGAUGAACGACAGUUGAAAGAACUUGAAGGGCUCAGUGCCGUUCACAGAAUACUUGCCUCAGCAGAUUCGUCUCAAAUGGCCAUGGAACGAUGUCGCCUCUGGCUAGACUUGUUGGAACGAGUUGGUGUUGACAUUGAGCAGUAUCUUGAUGUCGAAAUUGAGCACUGUACUGCGACGUGGUUCCAGAAGGGCACAGAUAUUGGUACAGGGUUCCGCAAGAUAUUUGCCAUCCAAGAGUUCGGAGGUAGGCGUGUGCCAUGCUGGACUCAAGAGAUCGAUGGCAUAUGCCCGUUGGCUCAAGAUAUGGCGCCAAAACGAGGUCCUUCAGGGGACCCCGAGGGGCCUCCCUCAGUCGAAGAAUCUGGCCUGAUUCCCCUCCUGUUGGACAUCCAGGAAUGCCGCAUUCCCCAACAGAAGAUGAUAUGGAUCGUCGAGAAUCUCGAAUGCCUCGGUCGUAGGCAAUCGAAAAAAAGGAAACUCGGCUCUUUGAAACAGAAAGAGUCCGCCGACGCCGACGAAGAGCCCUUUUGGUACCGACAAGAGAUCAACGCCUUCAACGACAGCAAUUUCGUGGCGUUGUCUUAUACCUGGGAAGCAUCAGAAACCGAAGUUCAAAAUCCAAAAGAGGAGGGUCAUAUUAUCGAAACGAGGGACAGAAAGAAUGCGUACCACUCCAGCGUGCGUAACUCUGUACUGGAACGCAUCACGAGAUACAUGCAACGGCAUCAGGUUCCGUUACUGUGGAUCGAUCGGCACAGCAUUCCUCAAAAGGUCUGCCAGCAGCCGACGUGUAAGCAUGAGGCAUGCAACAAGAAGCAACACGCAUUGGAUGCCAUGGACCGAGUUUACUCACUCAGCGACCAUCCCGUUGCUCUUCUUGGACGGCCGAUUAAUAAAGAGAGUGAAAUGGCAACUCUCGCUGCCAUACUCAAAGGCCAACUGGUGGAAUGCGUGGAUGGGGAGUUCCAGCUGAGAGAGACAACGACAUCCGAGAAAGCUCAGGAGGCUCUGCAGCUACUCUACGAAAUCACCACAGACAAGUGGUGGUCGCGAGCGUGGACAUUUCAGGAGAAUUAUCGUGCCGGGUUGAAAAUGACGCUCCUCAUUCAUCACAGCCCAGACCUAGAGAAGCCAAAACGAAUAUUCCGUCACUCAGGAAAGGCGCUGUUCAAUCUCAUCCCUGGAGAAUUGAGUGUUCAGUCGGUCAGGUUUUCUGAGAAUGCGACCAAGUUCUGUCUCGCCUUUAAUAAUCUCACCAAGAAGGCGAAGGGGGACGAAGAGAAGAUCCAACACAUAUUGAGAACUGCUGGAAAGUAUACAUUGCUACUUCAAAAGUCGACCUCAAUGUCCGGCAUCAUCGUCUCAGAUGUCCUCGCCAGAGGAGUCACGGAGCCCUGGGAUCUUCUGGCCAUCAUCGCCAACUGUUGUCAAUAUGCAACACGUCUCAAAAGCACCAUGUUACAGGAAAAGAGCAAAAAGGGCGUUACUCUCAGUCUCUCAAUUAUAGCACUGCGACUAUUAAACGGAGAAAUUUUGAGGAAUGACUCAGCUAUUCCUGCGAGUCCUAUUGAUUGCAUUCACGAUCUCUUCUUUGAUGGCUUCCGGGCACCUCAAGGUGAAAGAAGUCUCACCUUCAACAAGGGCUGCCGUUUUGUCGAUGUGCAACUCAGAACUGACGGCAUUAAAACGACGGGCCACUUGUGGAAACUAGAAGAGCCGCUCAAAGCGCCGAGGUCGUCGCCGCGGUUAUCGCAAGAGAGUCAGAGAGGACAGCAGCAACUGCCCGACUACCACAGGACACGCCUACUACAACUCAUGGAGCUUUUGAAGGCAAAUAAACGCAAGAGCUACACGAAUCUGAUCAAUGAUUUGAAGGCGUUCCUCGACGAAGACGCCAUGAUUGAAGAUGAAGGCUCGUUCGGCCUCAGAUAUCGCAGGAUGAUGGCCAGAGAGUUGGUAAGAGCCAUGGAUGCGGAUGAAGGGCUAUCACUCGGCCGUCUUUGCGACAGUAGUGGGAGUAUCACUGUCCAUCGUGGAAUUUUUAUAACCGGGCCGAAAGCAGGCAGUUUGGAUGACCAGUCCGUCACGCACGUAUUUACCUCGCUUUGGUCUGAAACAAACGAGAGCGACGAGUACUACGGCAACGACCUCGAUCAUCAUGUUUCCCUUGGAGUUGAAACGGGAGAUAAAGGCCUCGACGGACCGUGUCAUUUGUAUACGAAGAAAUGGGUUCUGGGUCUAUGUUUCUUCGAGGGCGUUACGGCAUACAAUGUCGUCCUUCCGUGGCCAUCGGGGUUGCUGGAACAGAACGUCAAAAGCGAUGUAGAAGGUGUGGUGGAAAAUUUAUUAUAA